AUGAAAAUUGAUAUUCAUAGCCACAUUCUACCUAAGGAAUGGCCUGACCUAAAAAAGAGAUACGGAUACGGUGGAUGGGUACAGCUGGAUCAUCACUGCAAGGGACAGGCAAAGAUGAUGAAGGAUGGAAAGGUUUUUAGAGUUAUUCAAGAGAACUGCUGGGAUCCAGAAGUACGGAUUAAAGAGAUGGAUCUAUCAGGAGUCACAGUCCAAGUCCUUUCCACAGUCCCUGUAAUGUUCAGCUACUGGGCCAAACCUCAGGAUACUUUGGAUCUAGCCCAGAUAUUAAAUAAUGAUUUAGCUGCUACAGUAAAAAAGUACCCCAAGAGGUUCAUCGGCUUGGGUACGUUACCUUUGCAAGCUCCAGACCUGGCUGUGCAGGAAAUGCGUCGCUGCGUGAACGAACUUGGAUUUCCUGGAGUGCAAAUAGGAUCUCAUGUCAAUGAAUGGGACCUGAACGCACCUGAACUGUAUGAUAUUUAUGCUGCUGCUGAACAAUUAAAUUGCUGUCUCUUUGUGCAUCCCUGGGACAUGCAGAUAGAUGGAAGAAUGUCCAAAUACUGGUUUCCCUGGCUAAUAGGCAUGCCAGCAGAAACAACUAUAGCCAUUUGCUCCAUGAUUAUGGGAGGAAUUUUUGAAAAAUUUCCUAAGCUGAAAGUCUGCUUUGCACACGGAGGUGGAGCUUUUCCAUACACAGUGGGGCGAAUCUCCCAUGGAUUCAACAUGCGCCCUGAUUUGUGUGCAGUGGAUAAUAAGGUGGAUCCAAGAAAAUACCUUGGUUCAUUUUACACAGACUCUCUUGUUCAUGAUCGUAGUGCGCUAAGGCUGCUAACAAGUGUAAUAGGAGAGGACAAAGUUAUUUUGGGGACGGAUUACCCUUUUCCACUUGGGGAACUGGAACCUGGAAAAUUGAUUGAUUCAAUGGAAGAUUUUGACAAUAAACUGAAGGAUAAACUGAAGGCUGGCAAUGCUCUGGAAUUUUUGGGUCUCAGUAGAAAACAAUUUGAAUAAUUAUGAAGAUAUUAAAGAGACUAAACUUCAGAAGUAACACUGAAUUCUUAGGGAUACUUCUGUUUGCACGUGCAAUUAUACAGAUGAAAAAUAGAUUUUACAAGUAUAUAACA